UUCAGAGUUAGGCAGAAAAUAUAAUAGAAUUGGCAGCUCAAAUCGAUGAUGCAAAAUCAACAAAUGGCCCCUUAAUUUUCAUAUCACUAUAUUAUCCAUAGUCGUAACUCGUAAUGUCUGAAUCGUUAAUACAAACAUUUUGAGGACUGAAAUAAUAAUGAAGUUGAAGAGAAGGGACUUGUAUGAAGUUAUCCCUCGACUUUUCUCGUGGCAAAGUGAUCCCGCCGGUUUUGACGGCGAGACUCGACCAAUUCGCGCCAUCGGCCUUGGGAAUAUCUCUCUGCUCCGUUUAUCCUUUUCUAUUAAUUUUAAAAUUGCCUGCCAGCUCAGCCUCUGCUAAAUCUCCCCGCGAUCUUUAUGGGCCUUGGGCCCAGGCCUAAAACUCCUGCAGGGCCGAAACUCGUGCGAGGAGCGGAAUAUUUCCACUUCGGGGAGACCAGACUCAGUAGCGAGUUAGCGAAGACUGUCCUCGUGACUGCGACUGUGCGGCGGACGAACGAACGAUGAAAUGAUGAUCUGAUCCCUGAAAAUUUACAGACGGGUUGCGGCGGGAACGAUGCAAAAGCUCGGAACUUACCUCACUUCUCCGUCUCAAUCGAUCUACUGAAGUUUCUUACAGAGAUCGGCCAGCUCUCUGCUAGAUCUUCUCUCGGGAAACCCUCUCUGUAAGCUCCCUUCUCUCCAUUUCACUAGUGAUAUGAAGAUUUCGGUUCCUUUUGUCCUUCGCUCAUUUGGCUCAUGAAUCGCCGACGAUGCUUACGCCGCCGUCGUUCAGGUUUUUCAAUCGCCAUUUCACUAGCUUACUGGGAUGGAUUAAGCAUUUUUUUUAAAGCCAAAUCGGUAAUUUUCUUGCGGGAAAUGAAACCCUUUUGAAGCCAUUUCAUUAGGUAUUGAUGUCUAGUGGACAAGCAAUUAGCUCUAGAGUGAGCUAUGUUGAUAGUGUGUAAAUGGGCAUUUGCUCUGUAUUAUGACUAAAUAAAAGGAUUUGACUUGGGUACCUAGCUUACACAAAUCCUGUAACUUCACUUUCCAUUGCGCUAAUUCUUCUGUGAGAUGUAUUCUAAGUAAUUUGAUUUGGACAAUGCAGUGAUUUGUAGCGAAAGAUUAGUAUCCGGGGAUGGCUUCUCACUCGAACAGAAGCCUAAUUAUACCAGAACCUGCUGCUGAAUCAUCGGUUUCGCAUCUGACCUGGUUUUACCCUGAGGAGCUCUUUGCAUCACCGAAAUCGAGCUCCGGUUCGUCGGAAGGAACCCAACUCAGCCAUGAACCAGGUUUGUCUGUUGCUCCUAUAAGUGCCAUUCCAGCACCAGUCGAGCAGCCGGCGAAGGACGAGAGCUUAAACAGUAAACCUUCAAAGGCUAGGAAAGCUUCUUCUAACAAAGCUCAGUCCAAGCCUUUGAAACCAAAGCAGACGAAGAAGAAGAAGACGAGCUCUUGUCCUGAUGCCAAGCGUGAGAAGAAGGACCUGAACGUGGAUUACCAACAAUCAGACGUCGAUUUCUCUUGGGUGCCUUCCCCGUUUUGUUCUUGUACUGGUGCCCCUAGAGUUUGCUACAAGUGGGGCGCUGGCGGGUGGCAAUCCUCUUGUUGUACUAUAAACAUUUCUGAAUAUCCGCUGCCUAUGAGCUCCACGAGGCCCAGUGCUCGUGUCGCUGGGAGGAAAAUGAGCAAUGGGGCUUACACGAAGCUCUUGCUCAAACUGACGGCGGAAGGCUAUGAUCUGUAUCAACCGGUGGAUUUGAAGGAUCACUGGGCUAGACACGGCACUAACAAGUUCGUGACAAUCAAGUAGACAUAUGGUAUGCUGCUGUCAUCUGAAAAUGGUGCAUUUCGUAGUACAUAGAACUUCUGGAUCCAGAUAGCUGGAGCUUGCCUUAUUGUCUUGUUUUAACUACUCCCAUGUAAUCUUCUUUGGUGUUGUAUUGUACAGUCGAUGUUGGCUAAAUAGUAAAUGUAUCCUAGAAGU